AUGAUUCUUAUCCAUGGUUGGCUAGCAAUUCUACCCAAUACACUGCAGACAGUAUGGUGCCCGGUGGUAAGGAGGCCUCAAAAACAAACACCUCAUUUUGGGUAAGACACGGCACAAAGGAUUGUACUUCGCUUUGUUGGGAUGAAUCUGGUUCUGUGCAGAACGAUCAGCAUCUAGAGCAGCAGUCCAACAUGGCUGUUCCACACCCGCUUUCCGUAGCCCAACCUAAAAAAUUAUUAACAUCAGACGAACGUUUGAAUUCACUCCAGGACAAGAAUGCUAAGUGUCUCAAAAGAAAGCUGGGAGUGCGGGGACAACACGGAGCAAGGCCGAGCAAGGCAGCCUCCCUGAAACUCCCCGCAGAUGAUAGUACAUGCAAGAACGAUGGUUGUCAGGAUGACUCUGGCGCAGAAAGAAUGGAUUCCGGAAAGUUAAGAGCAAGGGCGCAGAUCUGUGAUGUCUGUACUCUAGACACUAAACAAAGGUCUAAAGUGCUGGAGGAGGUAGAGCGUGCAUCUUUUAUAAUUCUAACUAUGGUAUAUCAAGAUGGAUCGUCUCAACUUACUGCAGUAAAGGAAUCCAUCUCUUCAGUGGUUAGUAGUAUCCUUGCGCUGCUAAUGAAUCAGUCAGGUGGCUCAUCCUCUCUCACAUAUUCUGAAGGCACAGCUUCAGAUGAUGCCCUCCUUGAACCACACCAAGGUGGCAAGUACUUUCACCUAAAACUGGAACAAAGUCCAACCUGGUUGAAACAAGAUCCCAAUGACAGGGAGUUUGUCAGAGUUCUGCUGCUUCAUAUCCUGAGUCGCAAAGGUUGCAUUGUUUGCUUCAAAGCCAAGGAUCUGCUGCGGACUGUACUUCACUACUGCACAGACAGCGUUAGCUUGAAGCAAGCCAGUGAAUGGGAAAUACUAGACCCAAGGAUUGCAGCCUGGCUUCUGGACCCCAAUGACACAGCUUCCUGCUUCGAGACUCUGAUUCCUAAAUACUGUGGGAGAUCUUCAUUAUUGGAGACGACUGGUUCGACAGCUGAUUCGUUUGGACACCCGAAGCUUUCCUUCAGGUCUCAUACUGCAACCAAGAAGAUGGGGAAAGCCAUCUGCACCAACGUCUUUCCCAAAAGCCAAUCUCUGUGGAAAUUAUUCUGCACUAUGGAGCUCCGACUGAUCCCUGUUUUGGCAGUGAUGGAAAAUUGCAGAAUACAUGUUAAUAAAGAUGGACUGAAGAGAACAUCUAAACUUCUAGAGGUACGACAGAAGCAGCUAGAACAGGAAGCACAUCGGGUUGCUGGCGAACAGUUCUGCUUGGCCAGCAGCAAUCAACUACGACAGAUCCUGUUUGACAAACUGAGGUUGCACCUGCUUUGUGAGAAGAACCUUCCAAAAACAGACCUGCGGCAACACCAGUCAACAUCGGAGGUGGUGCUAAUGCAGUUACAGGACUUGCAUCCACUGCCUAAAAUCAUCUUAGAGUACAGACAGAUACAUAAGAUAAAGUCAACAUACAUAGAUGGACUCCUCUCAUGCACAAAAAAGAAUUUUGUUUCAUCUACAUGGAAUCAGACCGGCACAGUGAGCGGGAGACUUUCAGCCAAACAUCCGAACAUCCAAGCUAUCCCAACACAGCCAAUUCAAAUCACCAAGCAGCAGUACAUUCAAGGAAAGGAGCCAGAGACAGUAACCAUCUCUCCAAGGAACAUGUUUGUUUCAUCGGACGGGUGGACAUUUUUAGCUGCAGAUUUUUCCCAGGUUGAACUACGUAUCCUAGCACAUCUCUCCUCAGAUCCAGAGCUGCUGAAACUUUUCCAAGAUCCAGAAACAUCAGAUGUUUUUUCUAUUCUCGCUUGUCAGUGGAAAGGUGUCCGUGUGGAUCAAGUGAAGAAUGCCGAUCGAGAGCAAACCAAACGAAUUGUCUACGCUGUUGUGUAUGGAGCAGGCAAGGGACGUCUGUCAGAGUGGCUAGGAAUUCCUGCAAACCAAGCCAGUCAGUUCAGUGAAAACUUUCUACAGAAGUAUAAGGGGCUCCGCACUUUCACACAGAAAACUAUUCAGCAAUGCCAGAUGCAAGGUUAUGUCGUUUCAAUAAUGGGACGCAAGAGACCAUUGCCUCACAUCAAUUCCCAAGAUUGUAGUUUACGAGCACAGGCGGAAAGACAGGCCGUCAACUUUGUAGUACAAGGAUCUGCAGCAGACUUGUGCAAAAUGGCAAUGAUUAAAGUCUUCACGUGUAUCACCUCAUCCUCCUCUCUCACUGCCAGGCUGAUAGCUCAGAUCCAUGAUGAACUGCUGUUUGAAGUUGAAGAUUCACAGAUUCAGGAAUUAGCAGAGCUUGUAAAAAACACCAUGGAAUCACUGCAGUGCGUGGAGGCCUUGGGAGUGCACCUGAAGGUGCCCUUAAAGGUAUCUCUUUCCUCUGGGAAGUCUUGGGGUUGGAUGGAAGAGCUGCAGGAUAGGAAGAGUCCUGGUCAGUAACCACGACAGAUCAGCACCUUUACGACUGUGAUGUUGCGGAUGUGGUGCUGCUUAUAAAAGGGUGCAGCAAAUGUCGACCUGCUUUCAUGAUUCCUAAUUCUUCACAUUCCUCUCACUUUUCAAAGGCUUGGAGUAACGUCAAGAAGCCUGCGCUGUUUUAUGAUGGUAAUUUGCAUUUCAUUUAGCAAAUUUUUUAGGGUGAAAAAUGUGAUGUAUGAUGUGGUAGAUAUCACCAAUCACAAUCACCCCGAAUGUGCAAAAGCCAAAAUGAUCGCUGAUUCUAUGAGCUAAUGACAGUUUUCUUGGCAAUUGAUCAUUAUUUAUUAGUAAUUAUUUACCUCCUUAUUCAUUCAUUCCUUCUACAUUCCUCCAAAUCUAAGCUUAUUGUUGUAUUGUUUAGAGCAGCAUGUUCCCUGGUAAAGUCCCUUUGUGGCAUUUCCAAACAAGAUGUGCAAAGUAAUGUGGCCAGUUACACGAGUCUCAACCAUUUCACUCUUAGUGCUUAAGCCAUUAUCAGAGGCACAAAAUUCCACCCAGUCUUAGUCUUUGAAACGCGCUCUUAAAAUGCAUGGUAUAAAUUAGAUCCAACUAUUGCAAAAAUGAUUUUAAAAAAAGUAAUAUUUUAA